UUAAUCGAUCAGCUCUAGCUUCACAAAGUCGAGUAAAGAAAGAAAGAAACACAAAAAUGGCUGAACAGUUCACUGAAGAUCAGAUCUCAGAAUACAAGGAAGCUUUUACCUUAUUUGAUGAAGAUGGAGAUGGCUAUAUCAUUGCUAAAGAGUUGAGCAGUGCAAUGAAGUCUACGGGGAAAAAUCCAACUGAAGAUGAAAUUCAUAACAUGAUCAACGAGGUUGAUGCCGACAAAAAUGGAGCUAUUAAUUUCACUGAGUUCUUGGAUUUGAUGGCACAAAAGAUAAAAGAUGCGAUUAAGGAUGCGCAGUCUGAUGAGGAUGAACCAAACGAUGUUUUUAAGUUCUUAAAAAGGUUUCAUUUCUGUUGCUGAGUGUGAAUUGCAAAUGGAGCAGUUGCGACGAAUUUGGGAGAGAAAUAGACUGACGAAGAAGUUGAUGAUUUGUGAAGCAGAUGUUCAUGGAAUCUGUGAGCUUAGAAUCUGUUUUCUUUUCUUUCGUUUUUCUCAUUUUCUUUUUUUUUUUGCUUUUUCUUGGGGCUUUUAGCUCUUAUUUAGUUGUAUCCGCAUCAAACGGCUUGUCUGCUUUUGAAUUUAUCUAAGUUUUCCGAUCAAAAAAGAAAAAGAAAGAAAAGAUGCUUCAUACAUCAAUG